GCCAUGCCAAGGGCAGCUUACACACCAAGGGCCCCUUCCAGGGCGGUACACCUAGGACUCUCCCAGGUGCGGUGGCACCCACAGGGGCUCUCUCCCAGAGGCAACGCUGUUCUAUGGGACCUCUCAGGUGUGGUGAAGAUUCCCCAGGGGUCGACCAGCAAAAACGUCGCCCCAGGAGCCUGGUUCGGGUCACCCUUAUGGCCAUCCCAAGGGUGUCGCAGGAGACUUCCAGGGCUCCUGCGGCUAACGGUGGCGGCACACGAUGGGGCCCCUGCGCCAGGGGUUGUGGCGCAAUUAGGGCUUUACCAGGGCGUGCCCCGCCCUUAGGGGCUCUCCCAGGGGUGUCCGUGCCCCCAGGGGCCCUGCAAAGGGUGGGGACGCACCCAGGGGCCCUGCCAGGGGAGGUGGCGCACCCAGGGGCUUUACCAGGUGCGGUGGCACCCAGAGGGGCUCUCCUUGAGGCACCGGUGCCCCCAUGGGACCUCUCAGGUGUGGUAGCACCCCCAGGGGCCCACGAAGGGGAAACAUCGCCCCCAGGGGCCCGCCAAGGGGUAACGUCGCACCUAGGAGCUUUUCUUAGGGGAAGCAAUGCCCCCAGGGGAUCUUGCAGAAGCAGUGGCGCCCCAAGGGGCGGCUAA